AUGGAGAGGUUCACAGUUGAACAACGCGUAAUAAUAGUGAAAAUCCACUACAAGUGCGGAGAGUGUGUCGCGGAAACGUUGCGAAAGCUUCGGACGAAACAAUACUCCGACGCGAGCGACUGUCGCAAAACUGUCGAAUUUGGGGGACAGAAAACUCAAGACACACCCAAGAAAGAUGCGAAAACGUCGAAAGUUUCACAACUUUUCCGCGAAACACUCUCCGCACUUGUAGUGCGUUUUCACUAUUGUUACGCGUUGUUCAACUUUACCGUGAACCUCUCCAUGACGACGAAUACCAAAAACUGCUUUACGAUGACAAAUGGGGGAUGUUAUAAGAUAAGAAAAACAUUGGAACAGUGCUGUCAACCCAGAAACAAAAAAAAUCCUGGCUUCCUUAAAAUGUCCACUUCUGCUGGGACACCCUAUAUUGUAUAUACAUAUACAUUAAAACGGUACUAA